UUCGACAACCUAACGCGUUUACAGUUGGGUCUUAUGAUUUCACAGUAUAACCGUCACAAUUGUCAUUUCUUUUUCUCCACUUAUUAAAAAUCACGUGUUUUCAAUUUCAAAUUAAUAUGAGAAAGUGGAAUCAAUUAAAUUGUGGAGGAAUCAUUGAAAAUAAUAUUAAAUGUUAAUUGUUUUGUGACAUUUAAAAAUAUAACCUAAUCAUGGAUUAUAUAGGUGAGGUAAUAGCCCUCGGAAUUGACAGUGUCAUUUUUGGUAUAUGUUUAAAGCAAUUUUUCCAUUGCAAAAACACAAUCUUAGCAGUCAAGUUUCUCCACAGGAUGCAGAGUUUCACGAAGUCGGUUCAAAGCUGGAAAGUCUUCUCAAUAAAUGUCCUGAUAACAAAAUAGAUUAUGUAGCUAUCAGAGGUAUUGUUAAACCUUUAGGAGAACCAUUAACUAGUAUUAACAAUAAAAAGAUAACUGGCGUUGUUCAAAAGCUGAAAAUUAAGGAACAUGUAGUAGCUAGGACUACUGCUGGUUUCUGGUCAGAUCAAGAACAUACCGUUCAUAAAGUAUAUAAUACUGUACCAUUUGCUUUACAACAUGGGUCUCACUCUGUAGAAGUAUUAGAACCAUUAUCAGCAGAUAUUUUAGAUAUGGAUGUAGUGUCCAAUACUUUUGAACCUACUGUUCCAUCUUUUGCAGAUCACUUGUGGGGUUUUGUCACAGGUAUACGCCAACGUGGUUUACAAUCCACAGAAGAAUUACUCCGUGAAGGUGCCCUUAUCACAGGUGUAGGUGAAUUAUCAAGAAGUACAUCUAAAACACUUACGUUACAACCACCAAAGAAUGGAAUGCCAUUUUAUUUAACAACCAUGUCAAUUAGUUCAUUACUUAAAAAAUUAGAUCAUCGUAAAAGAACAUACAGAUUUUUAAGUUUGAUGUUUGGUGCGAUCGGAUUAUUAAUCGGUGGAAUAGUACUUCGGCGUUAUUGGAAAGAUAGAACAGAACAAAGAUUAACAGAAGAAUUGAGACAAUCUCUGUCUGAAUCCCGAAGAGAAAGAAGGCAAAGAGUAAGGGAUACUGAUCUUAGGGAGGAUCAGAUAUGCGUUGUUUGCCGCAUAAAUCCUCGUGAAAUUAUUCUUCUUCCUUGUGGACAUGUUUGCUUAUGCGAAGAUUGUUCGGACGACAUUACAAAUGAUUGUCCUGUUUGUAGAACGCGAAUUACACAAAAAGCUGCCGCCUAUAUAAUUUAAGAUCAGUGUGACAGUAAAAUUUUUAACUUCUAUUUGUAGAUCCACAAGUCAUAAAGAAUGAUCAUUAGUAUCAAAAUGGAUCUAAGAGCUUAUAUGUUUUUAAUAAGCUUUUAUUUAAUUAUGUGAGGAGUAUAAAGAAAAAUUAGAAUAUACAAGAUAUAUUUUGAUUUAUUAUUCAUUUGAAUAUAUAUAAAAAUGUCAAAAUUCUAAAGCUUUGAGUUUAUCUUUUUUAGUAUCUUCAUUUUCAUCCUUUUCACUUGCACUACUUGCAACCGAGUUAAAUGAGUCCAUCAUCCGCUUAACUUUAUUGCUCUUCCCAAUACCAAGUUUUGGUAAUCCCCUGUUCAAACCUUCUAACAUGAUGCAAGCUUUACAUAUCUCUUGACUUGAAACAAAUCCACAACGAGUGCAAUUCCUUCGUUCUGGCAUUUUAACGGUAUCUUUCACUUGUAAUGUUUCCCCUGAAACAGAAUACAUUGGUUACAUAUUAAUUACCAAUAAUAAUUUUGACAUAACAAUUAUGCUAUAAUUUCAUUUACCAGAAUGUAUUAUAUCUAAUAUGGAUGAAGGUCUAAUUCUUUCCAAAUCUUUGAGGAAGGUUCUUGCAUGACCUCUAUAUGCAUUUGGUGCAAAUACACAUUCAGUUGAGAAAUAUACCAAAUGUUUGAAAUAUGCAUACAUUACAAUCUCUUUCUCAUAGGCAUACUUAAGUGGCUUACAUCGUUUUAUACAAUCUGCUCCUGCCUAUAUUGUAAAAGAUACAUUAUUAUUAUUAGAAUGAGAUACUUACAUAAAUUUACAUUCUCUAAAAGUGACUUUUACAGUAAUGAUUGAAGUACAUCUCUGUAGCCUUGCAAUAUCCCCUCGUAGAAUAUUCAUGAGAACUGUUUCUGCUAUAUCAUCAGCAUUAUGACCUGUUGCAAUGCAGUCCACACCUAAGAGAGCAGCUCCCCUAUCCAAUGCUUGUCUUCGAAAAACACCACAAAAAGU